UUAUUUUAAUUAAAGCGUUUCUUAAUUAAUUAUGUCUCAACGCACAAACCUCUAAUAUAUGAAAAUCAUUAUAAAUUGCGGUUUUUUCUUGCCAGUUGAGAGAAUAAAAAGAAAACAAGAAAACAAAACAAAGUUUGCAAGCAAAAAAAUUGGAAAACAUGAAAUGAAGAAUUUUGCGGAGGAAGACUUGUUAGUUAUUUUAUUUAAUUAAAAAAGAGCAAGGCGAAAAUUAAGGAUAAUUUGUAAAAGUUGGAAUUAAUUGUGCAAUAAUCAAUUUAAUUUCAGUGAGAAGUAAAAUGUAAAAAAGGUUGCAUGCUGUAUAAUAAAUUUUGUGUCGUUCGCAUAUCUUUUUGUUAUUAUUAUUAUUUUUUGUUUCACUUGUGAUAAACACAAGAGAAUUGCCUUACUCCCUGUUUUUAAAUUAAUAAAACCAUUUUUAUGAGUACUGCAAACGAAUCGGAGUCAGCUACAGCUUCGCUAUUAACCGGAGUGACCGCCGGUGGCAGUGUUAAAACAAAGACACCACAUCAGCGAAUUACGUUCACGACAAAACGGAGAAAAAUGUCGCGCAGAGCCAAUUUGAUUGGUAUUUGUGGUGUGAGUGGCUUGUGCAUUCUGCUGCUUAUAGCCACCACCCAACAUAGACCUUUGCCCGCCUCGCUAGCCUCUUCAUCAGCUGCGGUGGGCGCGGUUGGCAGUGGCAGUUUGGGAGGCAAUGCCGUCGUUGGUAGCUAUUCCUCUGCAGGCAAUGGAUUUGGUGCAGGCUCCGUUUAUGCUGGAGACCGCUUUAACCGUGCAAUGCCUCAGCAGACAGCAGUAGUGUACAAUGUAACUGCCACUAUAGCAGAUGUGCUCGCUGCCCAGCGUGCAAAAAUUGUCGUUGAAAUGGAAUAUUUCGAUUAUCCCUCCGGUAGAUUUGGGGUCGAUGCUGAGAAACUAGCUGAUCUUACACCGGAGACCGAGGGAACUCCAGUACGCAGCUUAAUCGUUGCUUCUUGGCGAUCCGGUUCUACGUUCCUGGGUGAUAUACUCAAUGCCAUGCCUGGCAAUUAUUACCAUUAUGAGCCAUUAUUAAAUUUUGGUAUUAAACAAAUUCGCGACCCCGACGAACAAGAAUUGGCUUUAAAAAAUCUAAAAAAUCUCUUAUUCUGUGAUUAUAAUAAUCAAAUGGAGGAUUUCCUCGAAUAUGGUAAAAUGCAUACGUAUUUAUUUGAGCAUAACGAACGAUUAUGGACGGUAUGCAAAGAAUAUCCGCACUAUUGUUGGCGAGCGAAAUUUUUAACGCGUUUCUGUAAAUUGUUUCCAUUACAAAGCAUGAAGACUGUGCGUCUGCGCCUAAGUACUGCCGAACGCUUAUUGGAGGAUAAAAGUUUAAAUGUGCGGAUUAUCUUAUUAGUGCGAGAUCCGAGAGGUACAAUGCAAUCGAGACGUCAUCGGACAUGGUGUGCGGGUAAUCCUGAUUGCGAGGAUCCUAAAUAUGUUUGUGAAGAUUUAGUAAGUGAUUAUGAGACUGCUGAGGAAUUAUUAAAAAAAUAUCCUGCUAGAUUUAGAACUUUACGUUACGAAGAUCUAUCACUGAAUCCAUACGAGAUGGCACAAGAAGUAUUACAAUUUUAUGGUUUGCCCGUUGAUGCCAUGGUAGAAGAAUUUCUAGAUAGCCAUACAAAAGUGAAUAUAGGUGGCGUCAGUUCAACAUAUCGCGAUUCAAAAUCGGCUCCAUUCCAUUGGAAACAGGAUCUUAAACAAAACGAGAUAAAGCGUAUACAAAAUCAGUGCACUGAAGCCAUGAAAUUAUGGGGCUAUCGUAAAAUUGAUAAUUUUACCGAUUAUGCACGCACUUUUGAUCCCAUAACAUUGCCGCCGCCGUUUACGUGAAAUUCUCCUAUCAUUAUUUGACGUGAACAGCGUAGUAACAACAGCUUUAACAAGGGAUCGCUAACACAUUUCAAACGUAUUAUUCUUAAAUCAAAUCCGUACUUUUUCGCUCCUAAUAUUACGUAGUUCUGCUAUUAAAGCUACCCAACUGCAUCGGUUUUAGAUAAAUAUAUUGUUACUCUAUACAUCUUUUACCCGAUUUAGAUAAGCAUUUCUUUAAGUUGUGAUAUGUUAAAUUUUAACAAAUA